GGAGGGUCUACUCGCAUGCACUUAACUGAAAGAGGAGUUCUAGAAUCUGGGGAAGGGAUAAAACAGAACUUGAAGGAACUGGAUGUCCAUUGUUCCUGUACACCAAGGAGAGCAGAGAGAUUAUUUCCUGUGGCCAUUUUGUCUUUGCAUAAAGGAGGAGUUAAAGUUCCACGUAAUUUUCGCUUGUUAGAAGAACUUGAAGAAGGCCAAAAAGGAGUAGGCGAUGGUACAGUUAGCUGGGGACUUGAAGACGAUGAAGAUAUGACACUUACAAGGUGGACAGGCAUGAUUAUUGGGCCACCAAGGACAAAUUAUGAAAACAGAAUAUACAGUCUGAAAGUAGAGUGUGGACCUAAAUACCCAGAAGCACCUCCAACAGUUAGAUUUGUAACAAAAAUUAAUAUGAAUGGGAUAAAUAAUUCCAAUGGAAUGGUGGAUGCACGGAGCAUACCAGUGUUAGCAAAAUGGCAAAAUUCUUAUAGCAUUAAAGUUGUACUUCAAGAGCUAAGGCGUCUAAUGAUGUCCAAAGAAAACAUGAAGCUUCCACAACCUCCAGAAGGACAAACAUACAGCAAUUAAUUUUAACAAAUCUCAAACUUAUCUAAACCAACAACCUUCUACUCAUGUUAAUGUCUUGAUUAAAUCUCACAAUGCAGAACCCACACAUUAAAAGAAUUCCAGCUGGUAUACAUGACCUGGACAUUUGUAAGAAUAUAUUUAAUAUAUGUACACCCAUUAUGUUUUCAGGCACAAUGGGAAGAAAAAUGCAGCACAAUUUUUUUUUUCCUCUUAUCAAGGCACUAUCAUUUAAGCAUAAACCUGGAGUACUCCAAAUGGAAUUCAGGUUUUACAAGAUGAAAGCAUGGCAAGAAGUAUCAGAUUGCUGUGGAGUAAUGUAUGUUUCAGAAAUCUAAUUUCUCAAGAAGGAAAAUUAUAAAUGGCAUGCUUGGUCCAUCUUGCUUAGUGAAAGAGCUGCAAUGUAAAUUGUUUAAAGUAACAGGUACAAUAAAUACUGUUACUAAUUUUGUUUAAUUUUUGAAGAGGUGUGGGUACCGACUACUAGUAGUAACAAAAAGUAUGUUCAGGAUUGUUUUGAUACCUGUAUUUAUAAAAAGGGGGGAGGGAGUAAGGGAGGGAGAUGGAUUUCUGUUUUAAAGCAGCUCCUGUGUGUUACAUGUAACAGACAUGGUAAAUAUUUGUUUACAGUCUUUGUUCUGAUAAACCAUGAAUUUAAGUUUAAGUGAAAAAAAAACAAAGGAAAUAGGUGUAUGGAUAUGUGAUUCUGAGAUUAAAGUUAGUCUUAAAAUGUAAAUAAAAUGUGGAAAGUAUCCUCAAGGCUGUGCCAUUUCUAUGAUACUGCUGUAAUAUAUGUACAGUGACUUGCAGAAGUAGCUAAAAUCAAAAUUAUUGUAUCUUGUCAAUCUAUUUGUUCCCCUAUUUUUGUAUACUGGUUAGUUGGACUUUUGGUUAUUAUUGCUAAAGAGCAAUUACAUAAUUGGUCUUAUCCCAUCUUUGAGAGAAUAGAAAUUCCUUGCAUCGUGUUUUAAAAACCUUGUAGCUUUUAAACACUUCAGAAUUUUCAACACCUAUCUCUUAUACUUCUGUUUUCACAUGCUAUUUUAGUUAAUAUCUUUUUUCUUUUAAUAUUUUUUUUCCUACGAAACUUGAGGUUCUUCCCACUAAAAGACUCAAUUACAUGGAGUUAUAUAAGCAUGUAUUUUCUUUUGAUUAUACUGUCUGUCCUGAGUGCUUAUGGUACAGUGCCAUGAACUAGAAUGAAUUUCAACCAUACCUCAUCAAAAACAUCUCCAAAUUUUAUUUUUCCUGUGGUUUUAUUACUGUUUUUUCACAUUAGGAGCCUUGGUGUACCAUAUGGUUUGAGAUAAUCAUUUGGAAUCAUCAGUAGAGUUUAUAGCACUCUGCUACCUUUCCUUCAUCAGAUUAUAUAGUUUAUUAGUGUAAAGGAUACUUUGGCUAAAUUGAUAUAUUUUAAUAUACCUUUAACCCUUUAAUUUUAAUAUUAUUCACAAAGAAGUUUAAAAUGUUGCUAAACAGACACAUCUACACCACUACACUUAUGUAGUAUAUUGGAAAUGAUUUGGGAUGAUUAUUAUGAUUUAAAAAUAUAUUCUACUUUUAAAAUGUUAACUUUAAAAUGGUUAGAGGAUGAAGGGAAUUUAUAUGGAUUACCAUAAAGCUUUGUAAGGUCUUCAUUGACCUGUGACAGUCUCCAUCAGUAUGUCUAAGUACUUUUUCACUGUGAGAAACUGUCUUGCUCUACAUGGAAGCUAGUAAAGUAUGGUUGUGGGAAUAUAAAUUAUUUACUCUGGGAACUCUGUAUUACUUUAAAUCAUCUGUAUGCUUCAUAUAUUUGUGAGGCUGAGAAGCUCUGGAACUAUGUUCUUUUGUGUUCCUUCCUCUUAUCCCCACAGUUGUAUUCAAGUGUUGGUUUUCCAGCUCCAUGUUGUCUAAGUUAACUCUGCAACGUAUAUUCAUCAUUAAUUUUGGGGGACUAUGGAUUUCUGCAGAAACUUGCAUGCCAAUUAACAAAUUUAGAAAGCAGAAUCCUUUUUUUUUUUUUGCAUGCUACAAUUGAGCUGUAUGUAGCAAUCAAAGCCAUGCUGGUUGGUUAUAGAAGGGAGAUGAUGUAGAACCACUCCUACAUAGAGUAACAUCUUAACAGGGCAGUUUUUAAUGCAGAUUCCCCUUUGUUUCUCUUGAAAGGAGGUCAAGAUUCCAGGAGUGUAUAGUCUUAAAAUUUUUAAGUGAACUGUAAAAUUGCCUUAGAUGAAUGUUUUUAAAGGUUAGUAAGAGAAACCCUUAAAGGGUGAUCAUAUGCUAAUAAAGGAUUAUAAAACAACUUUUUCUUGUCCUGUUAGGUCAGUGUUCUGCUUUCUGAAUUGGUCAUAUAUUAAAAUUUCCCCCUGUGACCCAGCUUAUGUGAACUAAUGAGAUUUACAUUCAUUGGCAUACUAUGAUUUUUCAGUGUCUUGAAACAUCCAUUUGUAAUUUUGUAACUAUGUAAAGCCUUUGGGGUGUGAUGUAGGACCUUCAUCAUAAGAUCAAAAAAUAUUUAAUCAAUAGUUUGUGUGUUCAGAGUAGGUUAGAUUGACCCAUGUGUGUUCCAGGAGGUAGUUUCACAAGAAAUAGAUGAAAUAAGGUACUUAACCUGACAAAGUAAAUAUUCUUAUUUAAUGCAUCUUACUGUGACUUAAAAUGACUAUUUAAUUGUUUUAUGUACCUGGCAAAGAACAGUUAGAAAAUGAUGCUAAUUGCAAAAGAUUUAAUAUGUAUAAUCAUUGACAAUUCUGAUUGAGUAUAUCAAUCCAAAAUAUAAAACACUUGAGUUCAUGGAAUUCAAUUUAGUAGGAAAAUGAAGCUAAAUGCCUAAAUAUGAUUUUAUUUUUAAAGCACACAAGCAAUAAUAAUAGUAAUAAUACCUAUUUAGUCUAUGGCCUUGGAAGCAUUUAGAAAAACUGAAAUUUUAUUUCACAAAUCAUCUUUAAAUGGAUUCAGAUUUUAGACAUGUAAAUUUUGUAAGCCAGCAAUAAGUUCAAUAAAUUCUUUAUUUUGUAGAAAGUUCUUAAAGGCUAAAAACAAGAAUGGAAUAGAAUAUAUUAUGCUUGAUUAUGGUCAGUUUAGUUUGAGUUUUGACAUUUUCAUAGAUAUUACAGUACCAGAUUGUUUUUCAAUUAUGUAUCCUAGUGUGUUACAUGCAAUCUUAUGUAGCAUUUUCACAUUAGAAUGGAAUUCUAAUACUUGACAUUUUGAAUUUUUUAAAUUUAAGCCUCUUUUCCCUAAUCUCAUUCUAUUCUUUAGUUAAGUUUGUUAUUUUACUUUUUACCAACACUAGCUUGAUGGAAAUUAUAUCUUCUCUCCCCCCCCUCCCCUCAUGAAGAUGUCAACUUUCAGGUUUAAAAAAAAAAGUGUGUUUGUGUGUGUUUAUGUGUGUAUAUAUACACACAUACACAUGUGUAAAAAAAAACACCUGAAAGAGUGUGUGUGUGUGUGUGUGUGUGUGUAGUGUGGGUAAAGAAUAUACAUGGAAAAGGAAUGUAUGCAUAUUAUAUUUACUUAAAGGAGGAGAUGCAUUAGAAAAUUUGGUUAAAUUUAUAUUUUUUUAAUGGUCUUUAAAAUCAAAAUGAAUAAGUUUUAUCAGAAGUUAACAAAUAUAUUGAAUGGGAAUAUCUUUAUGAUAGUGCUUUUUAAAAAAUGCUAGGUUAAAAAAAAAGUAAUUCUAGAAUCAUAGAAAAUAAAGACAGAAUGGCCCCAUGAGACUUUUUUUCUAGAGAAAUUCUAAUAGAAAGGAAGAAACCAGUAUGAUAAAAGCUAAUGAAAACAUGGCAAAACCUUUGUUUUGUGAAGUUAUGCUGUUGAAUUUGUGCUUUUAAAAAGAUAGCUAUGAAAACCCUGUUAUUAAGUACUAAUUAGGAUGUAUGCUAUCUAAAUGUUUUAUUAGCAUAUAUAUCCAUCACAUGUAGGCCUAUUCAAUAAUUCCCAAACCAGAUUAGUUUUUGGUUUGUACAAAUUUUUGAUGAAUCUCAAUAAAAAUCAAGUCUGUUUGCUAAUGUCAAAAAGGACCCUGGGGAAUUACCCUUUCUAGAAUGAAUAUAUGAACAAAUAUGUAUUGUGUAAGUGCCCUAAUUGUUUUGUAUACUGUCAGUUAUAAGUCCUGAAAGAACCUGGUUUGGGUUCUGAUUAAAUUAAUAUUUACUCUUGU